AUGGAGGCAUCGCGUACCAACGCUGGGGGUCGUCUUCUCUCGCAGAACUCCGAAGGAUCGUGCGCAAAGCGUUCCAGCCUGAAGAUCCGGGACAAAGACGGCACCAAUAUUUCCAUCCUCCAGCACGAGGAGCUGAGAUCGCAGCAUGACGCAUAUUUGAAGCUGAUUGAGAACUCUUGCGGAAAAGCUGCAGAUGUUCCCCCGAGUUCUUUGGUAAGCCGCGCAGAGAAACUGGCUUCCUCGGCAAAGAAACAACAAGUUGGCACCAGUGCGAGUUUAUUGCAAACUUUUUCAACGAUACCGCGAGGAGCGCCAGUCAUAUCUCCGGCUUCUUCCGAGCAGAAAUCUUAUGCUGAACUCUUGGAGAGGGCGAGCAAAAGGGCAAUCCAAGUAUCCGUAAACAGGCAAGUAGCCAUUACCAGCUCGGCGGAGCCCUUAGUUGUAGACCUUACCAGCUCUCCGGAGCCCUCGGUCAUAGACAUCACCAGCUCUCCGGAGCCCGAGGAAAGGAUGAUGGAUGUGGAUGAGGAGGAGGAGGAGAAGGAGGAUCAGCUCUUUCGUCAAGGUGCAAGUCCACUCAAUAGGCCAACAAACUCCCUAGAGCUUAAAUUAAUGAAGUCCCCGUAUUACAACAACGAUUUUGUUAAUAAAAUCAUAGAGCAAAUAGCACGAUCUAGCGAGGAGAUCGAUCGCCGGCGCCAAUUGGCCUACCUGGAAUUUGCCAAAUCUCAUGAAGAACGGUUGGCCAUGGAGAAUAAACUAUUCGUCGUUACAAAACGCAUAGUCAUUAGAUCUCUCCAACCCAACUUUAAGAAGACACGGCCGGCAAUUCUCGAUCUAGAGGAGCAUGAUUGCCAGAAAUUUAACAAAUUAAUAAAUGGUCCAAGGAAUGAGGUCCUUGUUGAGAAGUUUUCUAUGCAAAUUCAUCGCUACGACAUCUCUACUCUGGUGGGCGGUUGCUGGUUAAAUGACAAGAUCAUCAACUUCUACAUGAAUCUGCUGAUGGAUCGCUCGAAACGGCAAUCCGGCCUAAUUCCUAGUGUAUAUGCCAUGAAUUCCUUCUUCUUGCAACGCUUGCAGCAUGAUGGCUACUCAGCGGUUCAACGCUGGACCCGCAAAGUGGACCUCUUCAGCAACGAUAUCGUCCUAGUGCCGGUUCACUGUGGAAGCAUCCAUUGGUGCCUAGCCAUUAUACAUCUUAGGGAUCGGACCUUAAAAUAUUACGAUUCCAUGGGCAAUCCCAACCAACCAGUCCUGAAUAUUCUGGAGAGUUACCUGAAAAGCGAGUCCCUAGACAAGCGUAAGCAACCUUUCGACACUGAGUGCUUCCGUAUUGAGAGUGUUCCCGCGGAAAAGCUGCCCCAACAGAGAAAUCUGGACGAUUGCGGCGUUUUCUGUUGCAUGUAUGCGGAGUACAUAUCGCGGGAUCAGGAGAUCUCCUUUUCUCAAGAGAACAUGAGCUACUUUCGCAAGAAAAUGGUCCUGGACGUCUGCAAAGGGGAGUUGGAUUAG